AGUGCGGUUCACUAAUCCUCUUAGGGAUCUGUCGUUUCUUUAUCUGGGCAGGGUAGGGACUUGGUGUUUAAAGCUAUGGUCGACAAGCAGUGUCGCGGUCUGACGAACAAUCGAGUGUUUUCAACGUAUCUACACCGCGAUACAACUUCAGGUCGCCGGUAUAAGCAGCCGAUUUUGAUUAAUCAAAACUUUGCAGACACCCAUGUUUCCCCGUGCUAAUCUAUCGCCUCCUUGACUAACCAUAUUGCACUUCAGCUGCAAUAUAGUGUAUGCCGACUUGGAGUAACAUCCAGUCAACUUUCUCAGACAAGAUGGAUUUUCAUGCAGCAAUGGAAACUUUUGCUGAAGCAUGGGUAGCUGCCAAUACCCCUACUGCUGUUAACUCUACUGAGCCCCAACCACAGGUUGGUAAACAGAACAGUGACGACUUGCCGACACUCUUAACCAAAGAGCAACUGGCAUCAAAACAGUCCCCGCCACCCUCGUCCUCUCCGAGUAGCCCAGUGUCCCCUGUACAGCUUUCUCCUCCUAGCCACGCCCACACAACUAAGGGUCACAGCCACACACCAACAGGUCACACAGCAAUAGGCCAACCACCAGUAGGCCACACCCACUCGACAACAGGCCAUACCUCUCCGACAACGGGUCAUUCUCAUCCGACAACAGGCCACACCCAACAGACAACAGGCUACAACCAUCCGACAACUGGUAACUCUAAUCCAACUACAGGCCACACCCACCCAACAACAGGCCACACCCACCCGACAACAGGCCACACCCACCUAACAACAGGCCACACUCACUCGACAACAGGCCACACUCACUCGACAACAGGCCUAACCCACCCGACAGCAGGCUACAACCAUCCGACAAGUCAGUCUCAUUCAACAGGGGGCCAUACCCACAAGAAACCAGAUCCCAUACCUGUUACAGGCCACACCCCUCAAACACCUAAUCCAGCACCUGUGUCAUCUGUCACUCCUGCAGGUACAAAGUCGUUACCUGUGCAUUGCAUCAUUGAGCAAACAACAGGGGUCGUGACCUUUGACACCCCGGAGUGUGGCUCCAACAGUUCCGUGGAGCUGGAUUCCUACGCGAUACUUCCCAGUACCACCCUUUUCGGCGAAGUUGUGAGGACCGCACUUAUCAAACUGGGAUACAACCCCUCAGAGGCCAUCAGUGCUAAAGGUGCAGUACAAAUCAAGAACUGGCGACCUUUGACCUUCGAAGUUAUCACUGAUGACGAAAAAGCAACACUGGAAGAUAUUUGGGGAGAACUGACACAGGUGGCGACACUGCGGAUACGCCUCAGCAGCCAAUCAAAGUUGAGCUCUACCGACGAAGUGAAGAGUAAAUUACUACAACUUCUCCUUACCCAAUCACACGGGCUCCUCCUCACAUCCGGCUGUCCCAUAGAAAAGUCUCUGCUCUCCUCCAUUACCAAGGGUGACACACUGUCUAGUCUUCCGCAUGAUGUGCGCUGUGCGUUUGACAAGUGGUAUGAUGAACAAGUAGAGAAAGCCAAAAAGUCUCAGGAGCAGAAUGGGGCACCUGAAGAUCUACGCUCUCCCGAAAAGGCUCUCAAUGGCACCAUCAAUGGCACUGUAGCUGCCCACGAGAAUCACUUCAGCAACAGCCCAGCCAAUCACAGCCCUCCACUCACCUCACUUACGGGUCUGAAUCACGGCAAGACUAGGAUGCGCACAUCUUUCGAUCCUGAGCAUGAAAUUCCCCGUCUCCAGAAAUGGUUUGCAGAGUGCCAGCACCCUACAAGAGAGCAAAUGAUUCGGUUUCUCGAAGAGUUGAAUAAACUGGAAUCUCGCAAAGGAAGACGUCCAUUAGAUCUCACCAAUAUAAUCUACUGGUUCAAAAACGCUCGAGCAGCUCAUCGUCGGGCUUCUAGAAACUUUGAUGAUAACUCUUUUGAAAUGGAGGAGGGAUUGGAGAACAGUCCCGUUACAAUUGAUCGUAAUGUUCCCUACUUGCCCAAUAAAAAUGCUGUGUAUAUUGUCCCCUACCCUUACCACGGUCCCUUCAUGUCACAUGACUCGUCACAUGACCAGUCCAAAGAGCCAUGUGACCUGUCCCAAUCCCGAAGGCCAGUCUCUAGUCCAGAUAUUAAGAAGGAGAAAGACUUAUGUGACAGCAAGUCAGAUAGUGCAGAUGAGGAAGUGGAGGCCAUGGACACCAUGGAAACGCAUCAAGAAAAGUCUCCAGUCAGCAUUAAGGAGGAGACACCAGAUUUAGGAGAUGGUGAGUGUGUGACAGAUCUCAUUAAAGGGGUCAAGGACGAUGUAGAUCGAAUAAGCAUGGGGGAGCGUGAGGCACCACAAUCCAACGGCAUGCACAUGUCUGACUCGGAAGAUGACGAUGACAUGGAGUCAGAUUAUGAGGAACAAUCAAACGAGGAUUCAGAAUCUAGUCAUAAACUUUCAUCUCUAUCCUACAAUAAGGACUUCUCAGAGGCGGACUACCUCAGCAACCAUAUAUCAAGGAUGCCGACAACCCCAACAAGUGGCCUCCACCAGCCCCUACACAUCCCCCACUUUCCCCACCCCCUGGCCAUGCACUACUUUCCGAUGAAUACUCACUUCAUGGCACAGCAGUCUGCUGCUGCAAGACUUCAACAUCAUCAGCACCAGCAACAACAGCAAUCGCAGCAUCCUCAUCACAAAGCAAGCCCAGGAAAUGCUCACCGUAAACGGCGCACGCGAGUCUUCAUUGAUCCCAUGACAGAGAUCCCGAAACUUGAGAAGUGGUUUACAGAAGACACACACCCAUCGUCGUACAUGAUUGAUAAAUACUGCGAGGACCUUAAUCGCUCCGAUUAUAGGCAAAAGUUUCCAAAACUAGAGCCAAAAAAUGUUCAGCUGUGGUUUAAGAACCACCGAGCUAAAGUCAAACGCAUGAGAGUUACCUCUCAUUUAGACUGACUUAUGUUAUUGACCUUGUUAUUGAAUGUAAUGACCUCUGACCCCAGUUUUGAUUGGCCAGACAAAUCCAGCUUGCUCGGUUGUUUUCUGUUGGCUUGUAUAAUGUGCUGACCUCAGCUUUCGCAGACCAUUUUAUAUUAGUGCUGUUUGACUUCACAUCUUCUUCAGAAUGAAAAAAUUUAUUUUGAAAUCUAAAAUCAGCCUUCCUUAAGUGUUAAGGUUGUUUUUCAUCUUAAGAUUUAAUGUAAAGUUCCUGAUAAAGUUUAUAGGUUUGAUUUUUUAACUUAAUAACUGUGUAAGAUUUGAAAACAGUGGUGGUGAACAGAGCUUAUAUAAUUUGGUUUGUUUUUAACUGAGACUAUUCAUGUAUAUAAUGGAUUUCAUGUUGUUUUGUCUCAUGAUUUGACCAAAGGGGGAGAGUUCUCUCCCUUUUUAAUUGUUUUUUAUGUUUAUUUGUCUGUUACAUUAACAAAUUCAACAUUUGGAAAGUGUUUGUACUGUGAUAAUAUUUUUGUAUUUAUAUUUUCUGAAUCUGAAAUGGCAAUAUGAUGCAAGAUAUCACAAGAUUGACAGCAAGUCCUUUUCUGAUAAGCAUUAUGUAAACUAACUGGGGCUGUCGCAUUCUGAUCAGCAUUACGCAACUUACUGGGAAAGUACGAGGACAGUUUUCUUAUCAAGUUUAACACUACCUUAAUAUGCCAAUCAAAUGUUCACUUCUUGUUCAUUGAAUCGACUUAUACAUUACUUUAGAGUAUGGGUUGUAUCAUAUGUAGUUAUCAAAUAGCUCUCAUAGAAUAAAUGGUAUUAGUUACUUUUAAACAGGCCAAUAAAUAUAAUUCUACUCAAUUUCCGUACAUUUUGUGAAAUAUUUUGUAACAUUACUGAUUACUGAUUUGAACUAUUGAUUAUUACAAUCAUUUUCCUUGGUUUUUCUCUUUUUCCUUCAAUAUGUUUAUCCUUUGUUGACUAAAAAUUAACAAUAAUGAAGAAAAAACAGCAUAAAGCUCUGAAGAUAUGAAUAUGAUGAUAGCUAUUUUUUUUUAAAUAUUUUCUUGUGUAGAUGAAUAUCAUGCUAUUGAACAUUCGUAGAUUAAGUUAUGAUCUCUGAUAGUGUUCAUUCAGCAAAUCCAGCAUUAGGCACGUUACCAAGUGUUAACAACUCAUAAAGUGUAAAUAAAAUAUCAGAUUACCUCCCCUUCAUGUAAAAUAUAUUUAAAACAUUUAAUUGCAAUAAAAUAUUUACAAAAGAAUUUACGAACUUUUGAAGUUUUCACAACUUAUAAAAUCCUUUUCUAGAAUAAAGGUUGAUGGACUUUUGAAAUUGUGUAUUCAGUAAACACAUAUAAAUUAUGAUAUGGUAUCACUUAGUGUUUCUAAGGUUACAUUAAGGUACACAACAUUUUUUGUGAAAAAUCAACAUUUUAAUGUUUCAUUGGUAAAUCACAUUCUUAAAGCAAGUUUAUGUAUUAAGUUCUAUUAUUUAACCUUUAUCAGUUAUUAUUUCCUAUAUUAUGUGACAUUUGCUAAAUGUGAACUUGCAAAGGUAACUGGUGGGGAUUUUUUUCCAAAGGGAGGUAAUCUGGUAACCACCAAUUUGCCUAAGGGGAAUUAAUCUUUCCAUGGAAACUAUAUAAGCUAUGUUAACAAACAGCAUUCCCAAAUGAUCGUUUAUUGAACAGAAUUAUUUUAUAUACAACAUUUCUUCUCAUUUUAUUUGACCUGCACUUACGUUUUUAGUAGCUUGAUUUGUUAAGAUUUUUUUGUCGUUUUGUAUCUUGACAUGGUAAUUACCUAAAUGUUCUAUUGCUUGUAGGAUUUGUCUGGUUUUGACUAGAGGAAAACUUUCCAAUUCUCUCCAGUGUACACUAUUGUUAUGAUUUCUCCUAUUUCAAGGAACUGUUAUGAUCCAUCAAUGGAAAUUCAAAACAAGCUAAUUAAGGAAGUUGGAAAAACAAGAGAUGACAUUUGGAAUGUAAUUGGUUAAGACUCAUAAAUAAAUAAAAACUGUCCAUAUUCCAUACUUUUAGAUGAAAAAUCAUUAUUCUGCAUGCACAAUAUGAUAUACUGUUAUUGAUAUCGUUUCAUUUAUUGGUCAAGCCAUUAAGAUAGAAUCAUCUGUAUGAAAGUUUUGAACCAUUUUUAAUGAAGUAGAAAUCAUUCUAGUUAAAUAACAAUAUCAUACAUUGUAGAGAAUUGCUUGUUUAUGAUAACUGGUUGUGUGUUAUUUAACUCAUUCACCCCUGAAGACGCAUUUUAACUCUUCCAAUUCAAAAGUUUGAAUAGUUCAUUAUAAUUUUUUAGGGGUGAUUGAGUUAACACUAAAAAGCCAUACCAACAGAGACAGAUACAGCUUUUACCUUGUGGUACUUUUGGGUUGUUUCUAUAUAUGGAUGACCUCUAACCUUUUCAUGGAGGUCAAAUUGACCCUUUUUUCAAAUUUAAUAAAAUGAAUAUGCAUUAUAUUGUUUAAUCUCAGGUGUAAAAAUUAAUGACAUCAUCGUAAAAUGUUUGAAAUGUUUUUAUGAAGGCAUGGAAGAAUGUCAUUGAUGAAUAAUGUGUACAUUAGUAGCUGAUUCAGUCUUUGAAAUAAUUUAUGAAUAAGAUACUUUUUUGCGAUGAGCAUUAUUAACAGAACUGUACAUAGCGGCGACCUCUAUACCUCAUUGUCAUUAUCCAAGAAUUACAGCGGAGUCGAUGUUUGUUCUACAGACAUUGAUAUCAUCGUCCCUUUACAGUAAUUCAGCUUCCUAGUCACAAUACGCCUCUCUUUCUUCCCCUUAUCGUUAAAACAACAGUACAUGUUUCAAACAGAUUGCUGCUAUAUGCAGUGUUUGGUAUUGUUAAGAGUUCAAAUGUUCAUACACAUAUGUUGUUAAUGACCAGGAAUUUUUGUUCUGUUAAAAUUCACAUUAUUCAGUUGAUGUCAUUUUAUGUAAGAAUCAGCCCAAAGUAUACACUUAUAAAUACAGAUUUACCUCAUAGCUACCACAAUGAGUUCCCCACGUAUUGUCACAAUGCACCGCCACUGCCAGACGAAAGUAGUGUUCAACAGACGUGGAAUGUUUUUCUGCAAAUAUUUCUUUCAGUAGCAGAUUUGUACAUGAAAAAAUAUAUAUAUACCAUGUUUAAAAAUGUGAAAUUCAAAACAAUGUUUCAGC